AUUGCCUACUCAGCAUUAUAUCCAUUACCCCUUCUAUAUCAUAAGAAUUAUCUGCAUUUCACAGGUUUAUUUAUUAUUUUCCACCAUGAAGUUCCUCUCUUGGGCUGUUUCUGCUUUAAUGGCGCUUGCCACAUCUGCCUCCUUGGCCUCCGCUCAAAGCAGCGAUCCCGUAGCUUGUGCAUCGUGUCUCCAGAAGGCUCUGCAGGCCCUUCCAGCCUGUGCAGGUGUUCAAAUCCAACCUGGCUCAGUCUCGCCAGCCUAUGCUUCUUGCCUGUGCUCCUCCUUGAGUGGGGCUUGGAUCGAUUCUUGUAAAGGCGCCUCUCAGUGUGGUUCUUCUGUCACUUACUUCAAGAGCGCGUAUGGCUCCAUCAUCAAGGCUGCAGGCUUGAGCUGCACUGGAACACCAACGUUCAGCCCUGUGUAAAGAAAGAACACAUACCUAAAACGAUUUAGGAGUGGCAUUCUUAAGCUUCUCCUUUGUACAAUCCAAAUACCCUUCCCUUAUGCUUAAAGAAAAGAAGAGAAAAGAAAAGUAAUAAAGGAAAAGAAAAGAAAAGCAAGACUGUUCGUGUAGAUCAC